UCAGAGUUUUAAAUAUUUCCUACCUCUCGUAUCAUAGGGUUUCUGUUGGCCGGCCCAGGAAUGAAAGUCAUUUCUAAAUAUUUGAAGUUGUGAACUGUAUCAACAAAGCUCUGAUUUUGUAUUUGCACAAUCAUAUAAGCAGCAAAUGGUCAGCAACAAAGGUAUGAAACUUAAAGUCCCUGCAUUUAUACUUGUAGUUCUAUAAAAAUAUGAUUGACCCACUUGAAUUCUUGAGCUUGCAAACAAUAAUCUCCUUUAGUUCUUGCAUCUCUAUAGAAAUUAAGCGUGGCCCAUUUGAUUCUUUUGAGUUAUCUUGCAUAGAUUGUUAUGUUAAUUAGGGUUUAUGAAGAAAGGUUGUUACUUUAGUUGAAGAAAUGAUUUCCCAAUUCAAGAUUUGCAAGGUUUUUAAUGCUGGUUGUGGGUAUGAGAAACCUUUAUCCAGAUAUAGUUCUGUGAGAAUUGUCUGUUUUCAGCAUUCGGAGUCUGUAGAAAGGGGUAAGCAAUGUGUUAGGAAAUCGGUUGAAACUUCGAGUUCUGUUGCUGCUUCUAGGUUCUCGAGGGGUGCUAAAAUGGAGGCACAAGUUGCGCUUUUUGAUUACUUGUAUUGUACUAGAGGGUUUCACUACCUGGAUGCGGAGCAGAUUAGUAAGAAUUCACCUCAUUUUGUUCAAAACUUGUUGUGUAAGGUUGACAGUGAGGAGGAUGUAUCGCGAGCUCUAGCAAAAUUCUUCCGUUAUAAUCCAAUAAAUGAGUUUGAGCCUUUUUUGGAGAGUUUGGGUUUGUCUCCGUCAGAAUUGGAACAUCUUCUUCCGCGGGACUUGUUCUUUCUAGGAGAUGAUCACAUCUUACUUGAGAAUUUCCAUGUUCUCUGUGAGUAUGGGAUUCCUCAAAGUAAGAUUGGAAAGAUGUUUAAGGAAGCAAAUGAAAUAUUUAGAUAUGAAUAUAGGAUAUUGGCCAUGAAACUCGGUACAUAUGAAGAGUUAGGACUGAGUAGACCUACAGUUAUAAAGCUGGUAACUUGCUGCCCUUCACUUCUUGUUGGCGAUGUACAAUUUGUCCAGGUUUUCCAAAAGCUCAAACAAUUAGGGUUUGGAACAGAUUGGAUUAGAGAUAAUCUAUCUGACUCUAAAACUUAUGAUUGGAAUAGGAUGCUCGAUACGAUUAAUUUUUUAGCUGAUGUUGGUUACAAUGAUAUACAGAUGGGACUCCUAUUUCAGACGAGUCCAUUGUUGCUGUUUGAGGGUUCUGGAAAGAGGUUAUAUAUAAUGGUUUGUGGGUUAAUUAAGUUGGGUCUUGAGAUGAGUGAAGUUUACUCGUUGUUCUCAGAAAAUCCUCAAUUGUUAUCUGCAAAAUAUGCACUAAAUCUUGCGAAAGCAGUAAGUUUUAUGUCUGAGAUAGGAAUGGAAACAGAAGCAAUUGCUAAAGUUGUGACUGAUCAAGUGCAUUUACUUGGUUCACAUCCUCUGAAAGGUCCCAGGACUGUUCUGAAGAGUUUAGAAGUUGAUAAAGCUACAUUAUGUCACAUAAUAAAGGAAGAUACUUCAAAGUUGAUCAGUUUGGCUUCCAAAGUAGCAAGUGUUAAACAGACGAAGCUCCAGAAUCCUAGUAAUUUUCUGGAGAAAACAAACUUUUUAUUAAGCUUAGGCUAUUUAGAAAAUACAGAAGAAAUGGCGAAAGCCUGGAAAGAGUUCCGAGGUAGAGGAGACCAGUUACAAGAAAGAUUUGAUUGCCUGGUACAAGCCGGGUUGGACUGCAGUGUUGUGUCAAGUAUGAUCAGACAUGCCCCAUCAGUGCUGAACCAGUCAAAAGAGGUGCUCAUAGAAAAGAUUGAUUGUUUAAGAAGCUAUUUAGGUUACACACCAGAAUCUAUUGUGACAUUUCCAUCAUACCUAUGUUAUGAUAUAGGACGGAUCAAGCUUAGGCUUUCGAUGUAUGCAUGGUUAAGAAAGCAAGGCGCAUCAAAACCUAAUAUUACAGUGAGCACAUUACUUGUGUCUUCAGAUGCAAGGUUUGUCAAAUACUUUGUUAACAUUCACCCUGAAGGUCCUGUUAUGUGGGAAUUUUUUAGAAAAUUAUUACAUGUAGGCUAGAUAAAUCUUUCAAACUCAGCAUUGAACAAUUAUACAUGUAAAAUUAUAGAUUCUUAUAUUUUACUGCUAGUCACAGAUUCUUCCUAGAAUUUUUCAUUGUAUUGUUUAUGUUAUAAUUGUAGCAAUAGCAAUUAAAGGUUA